GCUACGGAAACUGGGGCGGAGUGAGGGAAUAAUAUUCGGCUGAUCGCCAACAACCCCCAAAAAUUUCAUUUUCGAGGGAGAUUCCUCUCUUUGUUCGCUCGAUUCCAAUUUUUCCUACUUCGAAAUUUGGUCAAUUCUCUUUCUCCAAGUUGUGGUGUACCUGCAGUCCUGGAGUUCAAAUGGAUUUUACAGAAACCAAGAGCUACGGCUGCAAAGUCAACGUUACUCUUCGUUCAACUAUGCCAGUUGUGGGCUGCGAAAUGAAUCCGUCCGUGUCGGUCAUAUUGGAAGGGCCACUUCCAGUUCCAUUUCACUCCUGUUCUGUCAAUUUUAAAUGGUAUAAAGAAGCAAAGAUUUGCUCCAUACAUGAUGAUAUGUUGGCUACCAUUCAAUGCGUGUCUUGUGUUAAAUUGAACAUCCCGAGGAAAGAGAGUUACCAUUGCUCCACAAAAUGCUUGCUGAAUUCAUGGCAAGCACAUCAGCAGCGCCAUCAUUUUGAAACUGAAAGGAGGACCUUAACUGGUGAAGCACAAACGAUGAGAAAGCUUAGAAGUUGUGGCUCUUGGCUAGAGUUUGGUAGUGAAUGUUUAACUGAUGAGGCAGCAAUGGUGGAUGGAGGAGGAAAAGAUUGGUUUUUGGUUAGUUGUUCAAAAAGUUAUGUGCCUGAAGUGGAUGAUGUUGGAUCCAUUUUGAAGCUGGAUUGUGUAGCUGUUGACCUUUUGACAAAUACUGCUUUGUCCGAACUAAAUGAAACAAUGACUAACCCUGUAAUCGAAUUUCCUGUGGCUCAGCCUCGCUCUAUGGUUCCAAUUCCACUUCUGGAUGAAUCUUCAAGUUUGUGUUCCACAUCCUUAAACGAUUUUACUUUUAGCAUUCUCUCCUAUAACAUACUGUCUGACAUUUACACUUACCAAAAGUAUCACAACUGCCCCACAUGGGCUCUUGUAUGGGAAUACCGCCGUCACAAUUUGCUCCGUGAAAUCAUUAAAUAUAAUGCAGAUAUCAUUUGUCUUCAAGAGGUACAGAGUGAUCAUUUUGAAAAUUUCUUUGAAUCUAAGUUGACAGAAGAAGGAUACAUGGCUAUAUACAAGAAAAAAAACAACGAGGUUUACACUGGGAAUCAACUUGUCACUGAUGGGUGCGCAACUUUUUACCGGAGGCAUCUCUUUAAAGAAGUUGAGAAACAUGAGGUUGAAUUUAUUAAGAAAACAUCACCUGUAAUUGAAGCACUGGAACCUGAUCUAAGGAGUGAAGCUAGUAAACACCUCAUGAAGGACAAUGUAGCACUUGUUGUGAUUUUGGGAACCUUGGAAAAUAGCUGCACUAAAUAUGCCGCCCAAUCUAGAAUUUGUGUGGUAAAUGCACAUAUAUGUUCAGAUCCAAAACUCCCUGAUGUGAAGUUAUUUCAGGUUGUAACCCUAGUCAAUGAGCUAGAGAAAAUGCUGCAAUCAGAAAUACCUCUAUUAAUAUGUGGAGAUUUCAACUCUGUUCCUCAAAGUGAUCCCUACACUUUCAUGGUUAAUGGCAAAGUAGAAAGCAGUGAAAGUGUCGAUCCGUAUGGUGUAUAUCAGCAUCUUAAGCUUGUUCAUCGAUUUUUACUCGCAAGUGCAUAUGCAAGUUUUGGUUUGGCGGCUGCAAUGGACGAAAGACAGUUAGGGAAGUUUAACCAAAAAACCAGGGAGCCUGUAUUAACCUUCCGCUCAAAACGAUUCUCAAAAACCUUAGAUUAUAUUUUUUAUACAGUGAACAGUUUGGAGGUUGAAGCUGUGCUGGAUCUUCUGGAUCACGAAGAUGUCGCUAACGGCCUUCCCUCACCCCUUUGGUCAUCAGAUCAUAUCGCUCUCAUGUCAAGUUUCAGAAUCCUACCCAAAAACAGUCCUGCAACUAGAAGCGAGCAAGAAGGCUCUGCAUAGCUAUUGCCUUGAAGCGGUUGAAAGUAGAUAAAAAAGUUAUUAGCGUCGUGUUGUCAAAAUAAUAUGGAUCAUUAUAGUUCGACAUCUUUUGUUCUUAUCAAUAUAUAUAUAUAUAUAUAUAUAUAUAUAUCCUUUGCUAUUUUUUCAAUCGUCUGAUUUAUAGCCCCGUGAAAUGGGGUUGAUAUCUUCUGGUUACCUAAUAAAACUAAAUCCAAUUCAUUGCUGUGCA